AUGGCGGUAUGGACAGCGGCGGCUCGGCAAGCCGCGAAUAUGGCUCGGUUCUCUUCUCCCAAGUCUGCUUGUACAGCUCAAGCGGCUUCUCUUGUCCAUCGGCGCGGUCUUGCCGGCGGUGGUGAUCAUCAUGGACCUCCAAAGGUGAACUUUUGGGAGGACCCAAUGCACCCAUUUAAGUGGAAGCAAGAACAUUUUGUGAUUGUCUCUUUAGCUGGAUGGGGGACACUCCUAUAUGGGGGUUAUAAGUUCUUCACCAAAGACAAAAAGGACCAGAAGGACGAGAAAGUUGGAGAACCAUCACACUAG